AUGGCUGGUGCCGACCCUCAAACAAUGGCUGGUGCCGAUUCUCCGACCAACAAGCGGCCGCUCAACAACGACUCUGACAAGAAAAAUGAGGCUAAUCGAAUUCCAGUCACCUUGUUGUCGGGUUUCCUCGGUAGCGGCAAAACCACGUUGCUGCAGCAUAUUCUCAAGAAUAAGGAUCACGCUCUGCGUGUGGCGGUUAUCGUCAACGACAUGGGUGAACUCAACAUCGAUGCCAAUCUUGUUGCGUCAGCUGGCGUGCUUCAGCGAGAGGAGCAGCUCGUCCGACUCGAAAACGGCUGCAUCUGCUGCACCCUACGCGUCGACUUACUUGAGCAGAUUGCUCGUAUCGCGCAACAGGGUGAGGUCGACUACAUUAUUAUCGAAAGUUCAGGUAUCAGUGAGCCUAUGCAGGUGGCAGAAACUUUCGUGUUCGAGCUGCCGGAAGGCACCGAAGAGAUGAAGGCGGAUCCUAUGUUAUCUCCAAGUAACUCGAAGCGGUCUCGCACCGACUCCGGUGCAUCGUCGGGUGACGAAACCAGUCCCGUCAGUUCGCCCUCACAGCCUGCGGCUUCGUCUGGAAUUCGGACCGUCCAACUUGACGAACUGCUUGUACGUGAUGGCAAGAAGCUGCCGUUGUUGCGUGACAUCGCGCUGCUGGACACGUGUGUGACUGUCGUUGAUGCCGCUACUUUCUUCCACGUAUUCGACGAUCCAAGAAUGCUCGCAGACGUCGAAGAAAACCGCAAACAGCUACCUGAGGGAGACACGCGGACAAUCACCGACCUCCUAAUCGAUCAAAUCGAAUUUGCUGAUAUCAUCCUAGUCAACAAGACCGAUUUGGUAUCUGCCAAGGACAUCGAAGCGAUUGAGAAGGUACUUCGCCGACUCAAUUCGUACGCGAAAAUUGAGCGUACAGUUAAGGGUCGAGUCGACCCUAAAACAAUUCUUGGCACGAACAUGUUCUCAUUCGAGCGUGCAUCCAACCAGAUGGGUUGGCUUGAGUCUCUCACAGUUCCGCACACUCCUGAGACUCUUGAAUAUGGAAUAGGGUCGUUCUUGUACAAGGCAGACCGGCCGUUCCACCCCGCACGGUUGACGGGCAUCAUUCAGGACGAGUUCGUCAUUGUAGAGUCUCCGACUCUUCCUCCAUUCCCAUCCGACGAAGACGAUGGUCACAACCAUGACCAUGAAGAAGAGGAAGAAGAAAUGAAGCCUGAGCAAGAUGGCGAACCCUUAGGUAAGGAAGAGAUCGCCAAGCGGCUGGAAGGCAAGCAGAAUGGUCUGUUUAAGAACCUACUCCGUAGCAAGGGUGUCUUCUGGCUGGGCACUAGAUCCUAUAACUACGCUACGUGGUCGCAGGCUGGUUUGUACUGCACACUAUCCAACGGUGGCAUGUGGAUUGCUGCCUUGCCUGAAGAAGAGCGCACACGCACAAUGAAGGAACUGCCCAACUACUCGACGCUUAUGGCCCGUGAGCACGGUGAUCGUGCGCAAGAACUCGUGUUCAUCGGACGCUUCUCUCAGGAAGACGAUGAAAUCGCUAAGAUCCGUGCAGCAUUGGACUCUUGUCUACUUACGGAUGAGGAGAUGAUGCAGUACAAUGCGGGCGACAUUGAGGAGUGGGAAGACCCGUUUGAGCCGUGGGAGUACUACACUUUCGAUGAUUGA